UGGACAGCCCCAUGGCCUCAGACAUGAUGGCAUUUGCGCAGGAGGGGUCGAUUGAUGGGACUUGGAGCCAUCGCGCUAUACAAGGCUGGAUAUUGUAUCCGAGCUUCUUCAACCUGGUGCUAAUGCUGACAUUGAAAGUACAGUACGCUGGGCAGGACGGCCGAGAUAUUCGCCGAAGAGCCAGGCAAUAGAGCUGCUUUUGCACUAUUGAGUGAAGUCCGAUCGGCAAGAUUUGUUGGUGACCGCAUCAUAAGGUAAGAACAAGACGAUUUGAAAUUGAGAGAGAGGGUUGGAAAGUGCUAGAGCAACUCCAAAGACGAAGCACCUGCGACUUGGCUUGCUACGGACAGUGGUUCGCGCGAAGUAUGAAUGGACGUUAUUUGCGCUGACGCAGAGGGAUACGUACCUUACUGUGUCGUUGACACAUUAAGUCAGGCACACAUGUGCCCAGCGACAGCUCAGGUACCUUACCUGUAGGAUGUAUCCGGAGGUAGUACCUAGUAGAUUACGUGACAGGCUGACAGCUUUUGCAAUGCAACAUUCACAGCCACCGACCACAUUGCAACCAACACGCAGGCUACGAUCGCUCCCCCAAUGUCGGCUGUGCAGAACGCUAUAUAUGUGGAUUCUCUGAAUUCUACUCCUCAGCGGCCUCGGCCGUUUCCAGAGCAUUACAAGGGAUGCCUCCAUUGGUACGAGCAACGUCGAUUCUGCCUAUUGAGUAAUGUUUGACAAGUUCGCUGAUCCAGGCCUGACUAGGUAUUCGUAUCGUGAAGGCUUUUGCCGGAGGCAUACACCAGGUCAACCGCUGUGCCUUGAGGCAUCGGCUUGCUUAUGUGCUGGAUCAACAGGGGAUUCCUACAGUACCCGGGCUUUCAUAGGUUGUGGCGAGCUCCAGCGCUACUAAGCAGUGGCCCACUUUUGUUGAAGAGCACUCCAAUGCAUCAAGAGUCUGUACGAUACCGAUCAUUACCUGACCGAUGUACCAAGCAGCUUGCAAUACC